GACCGAUAAGCUAGUUCAGUUUCCAGCAUGCAUUUCUACGGUGCGGUUGUAUUUUGCGCCCUCCUAAUCGGUGUUAUUGCAGGUGACUUAUCACCAGCUGAACCGAUUGUCCACACCGGUCUUGGUGCGAUCAAAGGUUCCGUGUUGCAGUCACGUUUGGGAGUUAAUUUUUAUGCGUUCCGGGGCAUACGCUAUGCACAGCCACCGCUAGGAGAUUUGAGGUUCCGCGCUCCUGAACCAGUGAAGGCAUGGGACUUGGAAUUUGAUGCUACAGAAGAUGGACCUAUGUGUCCACAACCGGCUUAUAACAAAAGUGAAGUUUCCGAGGAUUGUCUACGUUUAAAUGUGUACACGAAGCAAAUUCCUGGUGAAUUAAUACGGAUUAAGCCUCAGGAGGUGUUGGUUUAUCUCCAUCCUGGUGGAUUUUACGCAUUCUCCGGUCAAAGUUACAACAAUGCCGGUCCUCAAUAUCUCAUGGAUCGAGAUAUAGUGUUGGUCACCGUUAACUAUCGCCUGGGGUCGCUUGGUUUUAUGAGCACAGGUACAGAAGAUUGCCCGGGUAACGCUGGUUUCAAAGAUCAAGUAAUGGCACUACGAUGGAUCCGAGAUCACAUCUCUAGCUUUGGAGGUAAUCCCAAUUCUGUGACCUUGAUGGGAUACAGUGCCGGAGCGUUAAGCACUACGCUGCAUAUGAUUUCGCCCAUGUCUCGUGGACUGUUUCACCGUGCCAUCGUAAUGAGUGCAUCCGGUGUUAGUCAGGUAAAGAUACCGUCCGAUCAAAUCGAACUCGCACGAAAACAGGCAGCGUUACUCGGCUGCGAAGUUACUUCAAAUAAAAAGAUGAUUGAUUGUUUACGCCAAAAGCCAGCAACGGAAUUCGGGGACAGUUUAGCGUACAUGUUUGUGAUUUCAUGGAACCCAGUUCUACUGUGGACCCCGGUAAUUGAACCCGACUAUGGACAGGAACGUUUUCUCGAUCGAGACCCAACGGAGGCUUAUCUGAGGGGAGACUUUAUGAAGAUUCCCGUAAUUGCCGGUAUUACAAGGGACGAAUUCGCUGGUCCCGCGAUAGAGUUUUUGACGAACGAAACAUUGCGAAACGAACUGGACAGCAGUUUUGAUACGUUAGCACCGAUACUGUUCUUAUACGAGAGACACACGGAAGAAUCGAAAAACAGGAGUCAACUGUUGAGGAAGAAAUUCUUGGGCAAUGAAACACUUAGUUUGAAUAAAUCGUUAACGGGGUUGAACUACCUUUUCGCCGACAGUCUGAUUGGAUUUGCUGUACAUCGCUUCGUGCAGCUUGCUUCCCGCUACACUACGGUCUAUCAGUACAAGUUUUCAUACGUCGGUCGAUACAGUUUUCUCUACUAUCCCAAUGAUACAACCCCAUACGGAGCUGUCCACCAUGACGAUCUUUUAUAUUUGCUAUCUAUCCCUUCGAGGGCACCAAUCUUCAACGUUACUGAUCCAGAACAUCCUAUCGUAGAAAGACUUACUGGAAUGUGGAGUGCUUUCACUAAAACUGGUAAUCCAAACAACGUUGACUUCAAGCCAACUCCGAAUUGGAUCCCGGUCAGCGAAAAUGCCGACAAUUAUCUCGAAAUCGGAGAGCAGUUAAAAAUGAAAGAAGGUCUAUUUACCGAAAGAUUCGCGUUCUGGGACAAACUGUUUCCACUGCCAACUAUAGGAAACGGAACCGAACCGUUUCAAUCUAAACCGUUUUGAAAAAAAAAAAAAACGUAUAACUUCUUACCAUCCAGUGACUCCUUCAUCUCGUUGUAAGCCAUUUCCAGUGCAUCCAGCGCUGUAAACAAGCCGGAACCGGAUUUCAUCGUCCGAAAAUCCUUCUCAGCAUCCUGAAUUAUUUUGUAAGACUCGCGCAGUUUAUCGUCGAACCGUUUCGUCUGAAGUCCCUUAACGAAAAACGGAUCAUAUCCAUGCUCUUUUUCAUCUUGCACAAAACGAAAACCAUCCCCUAUAAAUAGCUUCCACAGAAUAACGGCAAUUUCCGGACAUUCCCGCCCAGGACAGGGAUUACCGGCGAAUCGUUUCAGUUCUCGCCAAUCCUCCAGGGUAACGCGAAUUUUGCAGAACUGACCCGUCGGUUGUUUGAAGUACAGUGCAUACAUAAGAUAGAAUGAACCAAUUUUCUCCAACGGUUUUUUCGAGCAAAGAAAAAUCUGCUUCACAAUCAGCAGGGCUUCGUUGACGAAUUCGACCAUUUCAACGUCGCUGUUACGUCCACUGAAAAACCAUUCUCAUUUGUUAAAAGAUUUUAAGCACAAUAAAAGCAAUCAUACUUACUGGAAAAUGUACUGAAAAUUCAUUCUC